GUGCUAUGAAGAGAGCGUGACAGAGGGGAGGGAGGAACUGAAGUCGUUAUAAGCGGGCUGAUAGUACUGUUGCGGGAAGGAAAGUAAAGGAAUAACAGGUGGAUAAGACGGCAAACUGCAUUGCGGAGGAAAAAAAAUUUUUUUUUUGUGUUGGUUCUCUGAAUGCAAAAGAACAUUCUGUCAAGUGGAUUGUCUCCGGAGGCCCGGGAAUUCAAAGAUGUGCUUUUUGCUGCGGUUGCCCUUGAAGAGGGUCACCACCUGACAACACAAUACGGCAAGCAAAGGCAAAAAGGAUCGAAACUUUGGAAACCACAAAGAAAAUGUGAAGAAAUUGUUGACCUUUGAGCGGAAUCAUUUGACACCUUGACAAACAGUCGUCAGGAACCGGUCGGACGGGAUCAAUGUGAAAACGUUUCCUCCAAUUUACCCUGCGGUGAGACAUAUUUGAUUCUGCAAAUUGACUUUCCCCAAACAUCACUCGGCAUCCCCGCAGCCCAAGAAUUGGGCCCACCAACCCCUGCCGUCCGCUCCCCUAACCCCCAAUACCAAGUUCCUCCAGGAUGCAGAACCCAGGAACGGAACAUGACGACUCCUUCGACUACCUGUUCAAGAUUGUCCUGAUCGGAGACUCCAAUGUGGGGAAAACCUGCGUGGUCCAGAACUUCAAGUCGGGAGUUUUUUCAGAGAAGCAGCAGAACACCAUUGGGGUGGAUUUCACUGUGCGCACUUUGGAUAUUGAAGGCAAGAAAGUCAAGAUGCAAGUGUGGGACACGGCGGGACAGGAACGCUUCCGAACCAUCACUCAGAGCUACUACCGCAGCGCUCACGGCGCCAUGAUCACCUAUGACAUCACGCGACGCACCACUUUUGAGUCAGUGAGCGACUGGAUACACGAGGUGGAGCUCUAUGGGGCGGCCAACGUGGUGCUGGUACUCAUUGGUAACAAAUGCGACUUGGAGGAGGAGCGUGAGGUUCUGUUUGAGGAGGCCUGCAUUAUGGCAAAAGAAAGAGGCGCACUCGCUGCGCUGGAAACAUCUGCCAAGGAGGGUCAGAAUGUAGAGGAGAGCUUCAUGUUGAUGGCGAGAGAGCUCCUGUCUCGUAACGGCCUUCAGGUCCAGCAAGAUGAGCUGGAAAGCUUCGGCAGGCCCCGACUACUCCUCAGGACUAAUUCCCGUCCGGUGAACGGCACCGUAGGCGCCUUAACAUCGGCGGACAAGAAGUCGUGUUGUUGAGGAUGUUCUGGAGGGAACACACGAUGACAAAUGGAUGCCAAUCAGGACAAUAGGAAUGAAUGAGCGUGACUCAGGAGGUGAUUGUUGAAGCUUUGAAGAAUCAAUUCAGAGACCUACAUAGUUCUUCCUUCUUUUAAGAUCAGAAGUUUUCAUGAUGCAACGAAUGAUGUCGUACCCAGUGUUUGACCCGUUUCCCUGUCUGGAGGAAACUGGAGAACAGAUGAUAGUGGACAUAAAUGUUCCAUAAAUGAUUGUUGAUUUUUUUUUCUGUUGUGAUCGUAAUGAUGCUUCGGAUUUUAUUAAAUGUGGAACAAAAUCUACA